AUGUGGCAGUCGGCCCUGGGUGAGGGCCCCAUCUCAGAGGUGGUGCUGUCCACGGGCCUCACCACACUGUGCAUGGAGUUACCAUGGCUCAGUAACAGCCUGAAACUGAAAACUCAUGGCGCCUACUGCCUGUGGGCUUCCUCCAUCCAGGCCAAGGUAUCUAAGAAGAAAGAGAGAGGAGAGAGAUUGGACAAGCCCCCCACACUGAGCACCAUGCCGCCGCCCACACUGCAGCAGCUGGCGAUGCAGAACCUGCUGGAGGACGAGGCCUUGGCCGUCUCUGCUCUGGAGGAUCUUCCCGUGGCUCUCUUCCCUACACUGUUCAUAGAUGUCGUUGUCAAGAGACGCAUGGCGGUGCUGAAGGCCAUGGUGCAGGCCUGGCCCUUUCCCCGCCUCCCUCUGGGGGCUCUGCUGGGCAGAGAAGACCUGGAGAUGUUAAAAGUCAUCCUGGAGGGGCUUGAUAUGCUGCUGAAGCAGCAAGUGCGGCCCAGAUGCAAACUGCAGGUGCUAGAUCUGUGGAAUCAAUCCCUGAACAUCUGGACCUCAGGAUAUAUAGCGAUGUCUCGAGCCUGCUCAGUGGUGGACCUGACUGAAGAGCCAGCAGCCAAUCACCAUCCAGAGAUGACAGAGGAGCCGCCCUUCAGGAUUUUCAUAGAUGUUGUCAUCAGUGAUGACCCCCAGUAUUGUGUCAUAGCCCACUUGGUCCGGUGGACAGAGGAAAGAAAAGGCCGCGUUCAACUGUGUUCUAAGAAGGUGCAGAUUCUGUCUCACCUCACCUUCGACGCCAUCUCUCAGAUAAAAAGCAUUCUGCCUGUGCUUCAUCUGGAAUCCAUCCAGGAGCUGCUGAUGGAUGGCUUGUGGGAUCCUAAGACAAUGGAAAAGAUGUUUCCUUAUCUGAUCCGAAUGAAGAACCUUCGCAUCCUUUCUCUCUCAAAGAUGAACAUGGAACAUUGUACUUCUGGCUUUAAUUUAUACAAACAUUUUCUCCAACUGGUGCAUCAUGACUAUCCCCAAUUUUAUAUGAAGGAAGCCUUAUUAUUCCAUUAUGAAAAGCUGGCCAAGGUCUUCAGGAACCUGAAGCCCUUGACGACUCUGUCUUUGAGUUCGUGUCCUCUGAAAGAAUCAGACUUGAGGUGUCUGUCCCUGUGUCCCUCCACCAGUCAGCUCAAGCACCUGCGUCUCAGGAGUGUGUAUUUGGGUGACUACAGACCUGGGCUCCUCCGAGCUCUGCUGGGGAGAGUGGCUGGCACCCUAGAGGCCCUGGCCUUAGAGCACUGUGGGAUCACUGAUGCCCAGCUCUCUGCCCUCCUGCCCACCCUGAGCCAGUGCUCCCGGCUCAGCUUGUUCAGUUUCUAUGGGAACCCCAUCUCCAUGGUGGCCCUGCAGAACCUGCUGAGCCACACAGCCAGGCUGAGCAAGUUAAGCGGAGGGCUGUAUCCGGCCCCGAUGGAGAGCUAUCACCACCAAUGUCUGUACUGGUGUGAAGUGAACAAGGAGAGAUUUGCCCAGGUCUGCGUGGGCUUGCAGCAGAUCCUGAGGGACAUACAGCCAGCCCACAAUGUCCAGAUCUGUACCCACUCCUGUAUGGGCUGUAAAAAGUGCCAAUUCUAUAGCCUGGUCCCCAGUGGCAACUGGGUAUUCACAGAGGAAUAUCCCGCUCCAGGGAUACACUACGUGUGCAGUCUGGUCAAGGCUAUGGAGGGGGUAGAAGACCAUGUCAUCGGGGAAAGCAAAGCAUAG